GGCCCGCCCCCCGCGCCGGAGCCCGGGAGCCCCAGGCCCGAGGCGCGCGAUCGGCCGGCCGUCCGGGGCCGGGGCCGCACGAUGGCGACGUGGCGGCGGGACGGCCGGCUGACGGGCAGCCAGAGGCUGCUGUGCGCGGGGCUGGCGGGGGCGCUCAGCCUCAGCCUCACCGCGCCGCUGGAGCUCGCCACCGUACUGGCCCAGGUCGGCGUCGUGCGCGGCCGCGCCCGGGGGCCGUGGGCCGUGGGGCUCCGCGUGUGGCGGGCCGAGGGGCCCCGCGCCCUGUGGAAGGGGAACGCGGUGGCCUGCCUGCGCCUCUUCCCCUGCAGCGCCGUGCAGCUGGCCGCCUACCGCAAGUUUGUUGUGCUGUUCAUGGAUGACCUGGGCCAUAUCUCCCAGUGGAGCUCCAUCAUGGCUGGGAGUCUCGCGGGCAUGGUUUCCACCAUUGUGACAUAUCCUACAGACCUCAUCAAAACCCGGUUAAUUGUGCAGAACAUGCUGGAACCAUCUUACAGGGGGAUCCUCCAUGCUUUUUCUACUAUUUAUCAACAGGAAGGGUUCCUGGCCCUUUAUCGAGGGGUUUCCCUUACUAUCUUAGGUGCUCUCCCUUUCUCUGCUGGCUCCCUUCUAGUUUACAUGAACCUGGAGAAAAUCUGGAAUGGACCCCGAGAUCGGUUCUCUCUCCUCCAGAACUUUGCCAAUGUCUGCCUGGCUGCCACAGUGACCCAGACACUCUCCUUUCCCUUCGACACGGUGAAGAGAAAGAUGCAGGCUCAGAGCCCCUACCUUCCCCACUGUGGAGGAGUAGAUGUCCAUUUCUCAGGUGCAGUGGACUGCUUCCGGCAGAUAGUGAAAGCCCAGGGGGUCCUGGGGCUCUGGAAUGGAUUGGCAGCCAACUUACUGAAGAUAGUUCCAUAUUUUGGAGUUAUGUUUGGCACCUUUGAGUUCUGCAAGAGAAUCUGUCUUUACCAAAAUGGUUACAUCGUGUCCCCUCUGAGCUAUAAAUUGACCCCAGGAGUGGAUCAGAGUUUGAAGCCCCAGGAAUUACGAGAAUUAAAGAAGUUCUUCAAACUGGACAACUAAAGUCUAAAAAAACCAACUCUUUAAAACUGAAUGGAACUAGAGGUGCACUGGCUGAAGGCGUGUUACAAUCAGAGAGAAAUAUAGCCUCAGAAUUGUGCACACAUGGAGUGACAAGAGGGUGCUCCUGUCUGCUGCUCUUGGAAAUGAAAAGAUGCAGCCAUACCUGAGCUCCAGACUGAUGGCCCUGUGAACACCUGCGCCACUGGAGGGUUUCCCAACAUGACAGACUCAGGAUGGCAUCCCGUCAGAUUUUAUAACAAAACCUAGCAGUAAUGAAAUGUGCAAUUCACACUCUCAACAUAAGUAGGCAAUUUACACGACACCAAAGAAAGGGCAUUGCCAUGACUCUUCAGAGCAACAUGUAGUUGAAGUGGCUGGGCAGAUACCACGCUAGGAGCUCUGCCACAGGCUCACAGCUUACACUAACCCACAACAGCCUAGUUUCACCCAGACUCACUCGAGGCUUCCCAAUACUUUCGUCCUGGAACCCAAUCUUUGCUGACUUCUUAGCGCACACACCAUGGUGUAAAUUAUGCCUUAUCAGAAACUAAAUGAAAACAUUUAACAUUUAAAAGUUACUGCUGUCUAGUAGAACCAGAACCAUCCUUCUUUAUUUAUAUUUGAAGCAUCCUAGGCUUAGAAUCUUGUGUUUCUGGAAGGUAGUUUAUACCAUGACUGCUUCAUUAUGUCCCAGAAAACAUCCUUUCGGUUAAAGUCAUGUAUAGUUCAAGUGGCCUGAAUUCUAUGCCUUUGUAACUUGCUUUGCAAGCCUACCCUGAAAAUAAAUUAUUUAGUCAACUUAGUCUCACACCAUGUCCCAGUUGCCUAGAAAAGAUCAAAUAGAACAUUUGACAUACAUACAUACACACACCCACACACGAAAUGUAACUAAACAAAAAACACUUCAGGCUAAUCAUCUCUGCUAGAUUUUUUUAAAUCAAAUUUUGGGUUUAUUCCACUUUGGGGAUUCUAUGUCAAGUUUAUGUAUCUGUACCUUUUGAAUAGUGCCUAUCUAUGCAUUAAAAAUUAUCCAAUAUUAAGUUGUUAAUUUAUACACAGAGAGAGAAAGAGAGACUUUCAGUAUGUUGAAAAGUAUUUUUCCCUAUUAAAUUUAUUUUCCAAA